GCUAAUAAAGUAACAGUUAAUGUGAGUAGAACCCUUUCAUGCCCCAUCCGUCCAGUAUAAACAUCCGAAACAAAACCCGAAACUCUCCCAGUAUGAUACCUGCCCAACAUUCUCCUUUAUAGUUUUCUCUAAUUGACAAAAUUGUAUAUAUAUGUACACCAAAACAAAUGCGGCGUUUACAUUUGUUUAAAUGAGGACUACAGCUGAUAAUAUAGUUUGUUUUGGUUGUAAUUUGUUUAAUGAAGUCAUAUUUAGCAUAUUUAGAUAAGUUAAAAUACACUGCCUUGUGUUGUUAUAAGAACUUAGUGCCACUUAAGUGUUAAUUACAUUGCAAUAAUAUACAGUAGAGUGCUCCUCUAAAGGCCAUAUGGAUCAUACCAUUAACGCGUGUGGGGGUGACGUACGUUUUCUUUUUUAAUAAUUAAUAAUCUUAAGCCUGAUGCCGGUGUAUUCCGUUCACUUGGUGAUAUAAAGACGUGGUAUUUCCGUAUGUCUAAAAGAGAAAUUCAUCUAUGUAACAUGAUUGGUUUAAUUUCAUUGAUCAGACACCCCCCCCCGGUCCAUAGUUCAUGCUCGAUGACGCGACGCGAGCAGUGCUGAAGUCAGUUAGAAAAUCGCGACCUCUUUGGACUGAUAAACAACGCGUUUUAACGCGUAUAUUCACUGACGCGUUUCAGACGCGAUCGCCUUGUGAAAACAGCUGAUUGCCUGUACCGAUGAACGGUGUUGUUAUUAACGGUUAAUCUCAGCAUUUGUCCAUGUGCUGUCGUAUCAAUUGGGAGUGAUUUUAGUUUUUUCUUGUUUUCCUAUAACAUAUGUUUUAUGAGAGUUUGGGGUGUUUUGAGGGUCAUUUGUAUGCGUCUGAUCGGUACCGCAGUGCGCGGCAGGCCUGAAGUUGAUCAAUAUGAACGGACGCGUGUGUCCGAUUCCGUCCUCGUGACGUCACAACGCUCAGUUUCUGCGCGUUUGAGAAACAUGUCGCCAGUCUGCGUUUGAGAGUUCCGGAGGUCCUGGUUUCAGAGACCCUGAGACGCGUCAUGGACCUGAAUUUUUACUCGGAUCUAUCGGACGGAACCGGGCAGCCCGGUGACGCAGAGUUCUUGGAUCAUCAGGCGUUUAACGGAUUUGACGCCGUUCAGAAGUUCCCAGGAGGCAGUGACAACUACCUGGCGAUCAGUGGUGAGGGUCACCACUUCCUGUCAUCUUCAGAGACGUUUCACACGCCCAGUUUGGGCGAUGAGGAGUUUGAGAUCCCGCCCAUCUCCCUUGACCCUGACUCCGCCCUCAGCGUCUCGGAUGUCGUGUCUCACUUUGGCGAGCUGGGCGACACUGGACCUGCCUCGGGCGUUCCGGGGAAUGCUGUGGUUGGUGGGAACGAUCCAUCGUUUGCUUCGACGUAUGUGAACACGCCUUCACAGGGUCUGGAGCCCCUGAGUCUGAUGAGUCAACAGGGUGGCGGACCGAUGCUCGGAUCUACACUGGGAAUGGAUCUUGGCCAUCCCAUUGGUUCGCAGUUCAGUAGCUCCUCCCCAAUGACCAUUGAUGUUCCACUGAGUGACCAUGGCCUAUUGGGCCACAAUCAGCUGACCACUAUUGACCAAUCAGAACUCAGCGCCCAGCUUGGACUGAGUCUGGGUGGUGGUGCUAUCCUGCCCCGCUCGCAAUCACCUAACCAGCCGUUGUCCACCACUGGCUCGCCGUCAGAUUCGCUGCAUGACGACGACAUGGACGAUUUCAGACAGAAGAGUGUGCUGGUGGAUUCUCCCGUGUCGCUGUCUGUGUCAUCUGGUGUCAUCUCUCUCUCACCGUCUCUCUCCGUUCAGCCUGCCACUCCUGCAGCAUCCGUCGCCCCUCUACGGAAAGCAGGCGGUGGUGGCGGGAAGAAAGGCAAGAAGAAGAAAGAUCCGAACGAGCCGCAGAAACCCGUGUCAGCAUACGCGAUGUUCUUCAGAGAUACGCAGGCUGCUAUCAAGGGCCAGAAUCCCAACGCCACGUUUGGAGAGGUGUCUAAGAUUGUCGCCUCCAUGUGGGAUAGUUUGGGAGAGGAGCAGAAACAGGUGUACAAGAGGAAGACAGAAGCUGCUAAGAAGGAGUAUCUCAAAGCACUGGCAGCGUACAGAGCCAGUCAGCUGUCUCAGCCGACCAUUGAAGUGUUAGACACUGCACCAUCACCACCUCCAGCCCCUGAACCUGCUGUUGCCCCAAAACCUGACCCCACGCCAGCCGCCACCCCGACACGCUCGUCACGCAUUCCGCUGCAUGCACCGGACAACAACACAAUCACCAACAUCUGCACGUCCAACAUCAUAUUAGACCUGCCUCAAGUCACCACGCGCUCACGCACGGGGGCACACAAACCAGCGACGAGCGCUCCUACCCCACCACCUGCUGCCUCUGCCCCGCCCAUCGUUACGAAGAUCGUCCUUCCAAAGCAGCAUGCGCAGUCAUCCGCCUCUGCAACCUCCACGGCGGCCUCCACCGCCCGCCAGCCUCCGCCCCUUCAACAGAUGCAGAACACACCCCCACCCCCCCGCCUGCAGCAGAUGGUACAUUCCACAGCCCCGCCCCCUCUCCAGGCGAAGCCGCGAGGAGGUGCCGUCGUGGGACAAGUUGUCGCUAUGGCGCCGCCUCCUCUGCAAAUCAAGAUAGUCCCUGCCCCUAUGCAAACGGAUUUGAGCGCCCCGAUAAUAUUGACGACUGCUGCGGCGGCGCCGGUAACAUCCUCUGCUGAGGUUGCGCAACCUGAUACCAUUGUGGCUGCCCUCUCGCCAUCGGUAACGGAAGAAGUGACUGAAGGAGAAGAAGGGAUGGAGGUGGAAUUGAAUGUUUGUCCGGCUCCAGACGUGACACCGUCAGAUGCCCCCAGCGUGUGUGUUCGCGCCGGCUGCAACAACCCUACUAUAGAGAGUAAAGACUGGGACAGAGAAUACUGCAGCAAUGAGUGUGUGGCCACACACUGCAGGGACGUCUUUAUGGCCUGGUGUGCGAUCAGAGGACAAAACUCAACCACUGUCACAUAGAAAUAUAGGAAUGCUGGAGAGAGAGAGACAAAUAGAGACGGUUGUGUGUGACGUAUGCUAGUAUAACGGCAAACUGAAAACUAAACUAGCAAACGCGCAAUUACUUUGUAACCUAGAGCAAAGCGCACUCACCUAUCUGAAGCAACAUAAACUUUAGGUCCAGAAUAACGUUUGCGAAAUAAUGAUACACAAAAUCUGACACACACGUCAAGCGCUUAUAAUCUGGAACCAGUCCGGAACAGACCUCAAAUCAGUGAUAAACCGUUAUGUGCAUGUUUAAAUGCACAGACUGAUACUAGGAAACAAAAGCAGUGAGGCUCAAUCAUGGGAAUUCCAUAAAAUGUAUUUUAAAGUGGAAACAAUGUGAAUAUUUAAAACGUUUAAUAUCUUUAUAAAUACCGUAAUUAUGUAUCUGAACUUUGUACAUUGUCGGAUUCAAGUGACAGAUUUUCAGGGUGUAUGUGCAAGAACAUGUUGGCCAGAAACAUGCUUCACACAAGUACAUAGACGCAGACCUGACCAGUGCGGAGAAGUGUUUGUGAUCAUUAUUUUUUUACAUUUCAUUUGGUGAUAUUAGUGCCACUGAAUUACACACUUCACCUUUAAUGCAUUACAAUGGUAGUAAACAGUGUUGGGUAAAUUACUCAAAAAUAGUAAUCCACUAAAAGUUACUUAAUUGUUUUUUCCGCUCAAUGAAUUCAAAAUAAUGUCAACAUUUUCUCCUUUUUUAUUAACCAUGUUCCUUCAGCUGUCACAGAAACACAAACAGAUGUACAAAUGAACAUAAUCCAUGUUUAAAUGUAUUCUACGUAAAUAAUAAUAUUUUAGAAAAAUGUGUAACUCAAGUAAUGUACAUAAAUGUAAUUAACUUGAUUGAAAUCUGUAACUGUAAUCUGAUUAAAAGAAUUUAAAUUGUAAUGCAUUAAACUACCUUAGACUUCAAAAGUAAUUAAAUUACUGUAACAGAUUACUUUGUAAUCAGAUUACACCCAACACUGACUGUAACAACCCUCAGUACUCAAGGGGCCGAUAAAGUUACCUUGUGAAUGUUUGUGCAGUUAAACUGCAUGUGUUAUUAUUCGCAUAGCUUGCUGUAAACAUGUUGAUAGUUAACUAACUUUCAGUAAAUUGCUUAGCCAAAAUCUGAAAAUAGAAAACUGUCCAUAGAAAUAGUUUGCUAAUGCUCGCUUUUAGCGCCUCUUUCAGCAAACGCUGAGAAUGUAACAUGUACAUGUGUGGCGUUAUGAAUGCAUCAAUGCACAAAAUUGCUUGCCGUACCUAGAAAUGUUUGCGUUCAUGUACUUGCAUACAGUACGUUUCGAGCCACAAGCACAAGUGUGAGUGUGUGUGUAGCAAGUGAGUGAGAGAAGAAAAUAAACCAACUCUAAAGCUAAUAAUGAAAAGACUGUUGUAAAACAAAUACGUAAAUAUUUUUUAGAUGUUUCUUUUUUUUUUUCUUUUUUUUUCAACAAGGGUGUAAUCUGUGCAGCUCUCUUGAAGAUUUACCAUGAUAGCUAUAGGCAGUGUUGGGAGGGUUACUUUUAAAAAGUACUCCACUACAGAUUACAGAAUACAUGCUGUAAAAUGUCAUUUGUAAUGUAUUCCAUUAGAUUACUCAAGGUCAGUAACGUAUUCUAAAUACUUUGGAUUACUUCUUCAGCACUGGUAGAUUUUUUUCACUUGUUUUGACUAUAAAAACUCUGCCAGUACAGUAUGACAAAAUACACAUGUUAAAAAUACAUUCUCUGAAAAACCUAAAUAUCUUAUGCAGUGUUGUUUCUAAAACAAGAUAAAUCAAAUUGAUCUUGUUUUAAGGAUUUUUAGAUAUUUUUACAGGAACACAAUGCAAAAAUUAUUAUCAAGAAUAUGAUUUUUGCCCUAAUAGCAAAGGUCUUACAAGAAAAGAAAUAUAUAUAUAUAUAUAUAUAAUGAAUGAUCCAACAUGAAUUUUCUUGAUAAAAAAUUAUGAUCGGGCAUUUUAGCUUAGCGUAAAAUUUACAAUUUACACAAGGUUUAUUUCUAUUUCUUCUGCUCCAGACUUACUUCAAACUUACUUCUCUGUCUGGAUGUAACACAUCAUAAGAAAGUGUUUCACCGCUGUUCAAAUGCACUUUGGAUCACAUCAUUUAUAUGUAUAAAUGUUUUCCAUCUGAAAGGACUAAAUAUGAAAUGAAACAAAUGACAAUAAAAUCUCUUCAGUAAUCAAAAUACUUUUUGAAUGUAACUGUAUUCUAAAUACCAAUUAUUUAAAUUGUAACUGUAGUGGAAUACAGUUACUUAUAUUUUGUAUUUUAAAUAAGUAAUCCCGUUACAUGUAUUCCGUUACUCCCCAACACUGGAAAUAGCUUAUGGCCAUAAUGACAGUGACUAAACAUGGUAACUUGGUAUUAACAGAGAUUCUUUUAUACUGAGAUAUCAACUUUGUGGCUUUACCAUAGGAGAGAGUGUAACGGUCAACUUGGAUCACGUGAGUCUUCUAAGCCCAUCAUAUAAUGAUCCUGGCAUCAAUGAACUGAGUUCCGAGUGUUACGACAGUAAAUUACCAUUUACAGAUACCAAUAGGGCAGCAACUAACGAUUAUUUUGAUAAUCGAUUAAUCUAUUGAUUAUUAGAACGAUUAUUCGACGAUUAUUGCAAUGAUUAAUCAUUAGCUCUUAACCGAUUAUUCAGCUUGUGCCCUGACUUAAAAGGUUGUAUUAAACGUGCUUUCUAACAAUAAAGAGGACAAAAUCAUCUUUUAAACAUACCUCUAAAUGACAUUCACUGAAUUAAAGGAAAAAAAUACUUUAAGUUUAAUUCAGUAAAAAUUUCACUACAAAAAAAUCCUAUUGUAAUCAAGUGUAUUUUUGUUUUGUUUUCCAUUUAAAAUUGUCUAAAAUCCUUAAAACAAGAAACAUUUACUUGAGCAGCAACAUAUAAGAUAUUUAGACUUUAAGAGAAUGCAUCUUAAAUAUAAGUGUAUUUUGUAUAUAAGUGUAUGUUUUCACUUUAUACUUCUGCGAGUGCAAUAAAGACUAAAUAUACUUAUAUUCAAGAUCUAUUGUCCAAAAGUAAGUCUGAAUAUCUUAUAUGCUGCUUUUCAGAUGAAUGCAUCUUUUUUAAAGGAUUUUUAGAUAUUUUAAAAUAUUUGGAUUUUUAAUAUAUUGAAUUAUAUUUUGUUGCCGUGUAUAAUGGGGUGAAGUCCAUCUUUAACUUAAACUCUCUCUUAUUAAUAAAGCUGUGUAUUGCCAAUGUUCUUCAUGAUAAUAAACACACAGUGACACAUAUAUUAUGAUUCAAUAAGUCUCGAGUCAUCACGUUAUAAUCUAGCUGCAUUAAGCAUGUGCGCUCGAGGGAUGAGCGUCCCGUGACAGAGUGUGCAUCAGUCGGGUGCAGUUUCAAUCUCUCCCCCUUAGAUCGGGACAUUCACACAACUCAUAGAAGAGGCGCUGACUGCACAGAGAAAUGACCGUUUCCUUAUUAUUUUAACUUUAAUAAAGAUAUAACGCAUUAAAUAGAACUGCAUUAAAGAUGUAACACCGGGUGUUUCCUUCAAAGAGCUCCAGCUCCACUUAUUCCACAAUGAGAGUGCUUCUGUAUUUACUUAUUUUGUAUUUUUGCAUAAUAAUUCCCUCAUACUUUGUGAUGUCCAUCAGCUGAAGCUGUUUGAAAAGUUUCGAGUGCGUCUGUGAUUUGUGUAAUUCUUUCUCUCUUCAGUCAGUCAUGAACUGCAGUGCUGCUCUCAUGCGGCAUCAUUAGAGUUUCAUAUGAUCUCAUGUUACGUUAAAAGACAUCAAACAACUAUUCGACUAGUCGACUAUACGUUGUCGAUAAGGUCAACUAAUCGUUUCACCCCUAGAUACCAUACAAAUGAAUGGGGAAAGCUGUAAACUAACACCUACCUGUCAUGAAAAUAUCCGUGACUUCUCUUAAAAAACAGCAAUUUUAUCGUUGUAAACUCAACAUGUAGUUCUCUGCAAAAGGAUUGUUGUUGAAGAUUAGCAGUCAGGCGGUCUGCUCAUCAAGUAAUGAGCUGUUUCCUCAUGAAAACAGUUUAUUAAAUGUUCUGCUUUGUUUUGCUAACCCCUUGGUAGGGUUACUGGCAUUAGCUGCCACUUUCAUAUUCUUACACUGUUUGAAAGAGCUUCCAUAUUAAUUUAUUUUGAUAUACUGUUGGAACUGUGAUAUUUGGUGAAAACUAUGGCUACAAUGGUAAAUGUUUAUGAGUAUUUUAAUAUCUUAUAAAAACCAUUACAUUUGCAGUAAAAAAAGGUUAUGCUAUGGAACAUGAUAAUAUACCUUUGCUAACUGGUCAUGAAAAUAUGGGUUUCAUAGGAGAGUGUAUUUACUUUAUUUGCUUUAAUUUUUCACUUAUUUUGGACUCUGUAAGUGGACUGUUAUAAUGGUUCUCUCUUAUUGAGGAAUUUGUGAGAUUAAUGAACAAUCGAAUAAAAACAAAGUGAAAUAAAA